AUUUAAAUUCUCAAUUACCACCCGAAAUUAUUAUUCAAAUUUAUUCUAUUAUAUCUUUAUUAUUUUUGGAUUUAGUGGCUAUGGGGUACAUUUAUAAAUGUAAAGGUGAUUUGGUAGGUGCUGGUGUUAUUGUAAUUACCUUAUUUGGUAUUGCUUUACAACAAGAUGACAUGAUCGUGCAUUGGGUUUCAUUAAUAUUUGGUAUUAAAACUACUAUAAUUAUGUUUCAUUAUUAUAUUAAGAAUUAUUUUAGAAUAAGAGAUGAACAAACUCCAUUAUUAGAUUCACAAAAUUUUUAUCAGAAUCUAAAUUAUAUUCAAUGUUCU